AUGAACUCCACUGGCCCGACUGUGCUCAAGGCCUCCAACGCAGAAGAGUUGAUGCAACAUGUGCUCAAUCAUCACGCGCCACCUUCAACAUUGAUCGUCUGCUCCUCCAAGGCAGCCUUCCUUGAAGCACUCCAGAAAUCGCAUCAAUUCGCAGGGCCUGAAGAUGCAGGCCAGGCGCAGAGUGCGCCGUCAUCAGGCACAGGACAAUUUCUUGAAAGGCCAACUCUCCGCCUGCUGUCAACCUCGCGCACGCUCAAACUGGCAUUCUGUCCAGACAUCACCCACCUCCGAGCUUACCUGGCAACCUACAGCAGCACCAUCUCCAAGCGCCUCGCCGAAAGCAAAGGGGACACUGCACUGCGACUGCCAGGAGCAACUCCCAUCCUCGCCAUACUCAACCCCGUCGAGCUUCACCGACCAACCUCCGCCUUCUCCGCGCAAGGUCUGAAUCGCACGCUGUCAGUGGCAGUCGAAGCCGCGCACAGCACUGGGAGCAAACUCAUCCUGUGCGAGACGCCGACCUCAGACCGGGAUCCGUGGGACGAGGAACUUUCUAUCCUGAACGUUACCACAAAGCGGCUCGGCGAAAUGUCCGUAGGCCGAACGGUCAAGGCGAAGACGGUCGCUCAGAGGUGGUGCACGUUCGACAGGGUAUCCUCCCACGAAGCGUUCUAA